CAAGGCUUGGCCUAUAGUCCGCCUUAGCGAUUCCUACCUGGGAAGUAACUUGUAAAUUUUGGUUCACGAUUAUUUUAAGUGCGACGCAUGGGUUCGAGUAGAAAUAAAUAUAAGUAAUUGAAAUAAAGAAUAAAAGAAGUUUCGAAUUGAAUCAUGACAUUAAUCAUCAAAUACUUUUUCAAAAAUAAUUUUUGGUCUAAUAAUUGUUAGCGUAUAAGAAAUUUGAUUUAUUUUCAUGUCCGCCUUUUCCUGGUGAAUCCUAAUAAGUUUUCGCGAUCAGAUAUCAGAGUUUACUUUUUUUUGCUAUGACAACCGUGCAAAUGUAUGCGAUUCUCAUGUGUGUACUAUACUUCUCGAUAAUUGGCAAAAAAGCGACACGUACAUCGAGUACAUCCUCUUGCAAAUAGACACGUAUCCUUAACAACAAAUGCUAUCAAGUGGACACUCAAGUUGAUUGUAACACUGUCAUAGUCACGAGUGUCAAGUUCCACUAGCCAGACGUGUCAGGACGAGCAUUCAUUUAUUGAUUUUACUUAACAAUUUGUAAAAAUAAAUUAAUAAUUAAAUCACUUUAAAUAAUGUCGUGGACUAAGGAGAUUAUUUUGUGUUUUUUAUUUGUGAGUGUCAUCGACUGCUACAACAUUAAGAUUUACGAUUCUUCAACAUUCGAUAGUCUUCCGAUUGUUCACACUCAUACGAAACAACUUAUUGAACUGUGUUUCGCUGACCGGAUGAAUCCUGUCGCCGUAACACCGGAAUUCAGUGACAUCACUACGGAAAUUAUUAAAAAUCAGGACAUAGACUCGUCAGUCAUCAUGAUCAAUAGUGACUUGAAAUCUGAUCUGCCGAAAUACUAUCCGAAAUUACAAUCGAACAUAUAUUUUCGGGCCUAUCCAACGUACAUUCUAUCAGAUGAAUCGAUCGACAUAAUAAAAGCUAUUCAGUCUUAUCCCAUAAAAGAAUCCAUUAUGUGGAACGUCCUCUCGCUGCAUUUGAUAAUUGGGAAAAAGUGCGGAAACGCGUCUCAAGCGUUGCAAGCGGCCUGGAAAGUAAAUGCGAUCACGUCUUUCUUCAUCUGUCAUAAUGAGUCCAGCGACCACUCGACCAUCUACACUUAUAAUCCAUACACAAACUGGGCACCGAAACGUUGGAAUCCAGUCAAGAUCACCGACAAGCCAAACGAUAGAUGGACGUUGUUUAAACAGACCUUCGUUAACGAUGAAAAAAUUUGCGAAAGCUUGAAAUUCGACAAAUCUGAAUUCUUAGACGGCUAUCCAAUUAAAGGGCAUGUAAUGAGUAGAAGCAAAAGAAAAGACAAGACCAACAAUAAUACUUUAGCUUUUGACGGUCUUAAAGAAAAUACGUGUCUAUUCUAUGAAAAUCUAUUUUCCGCCUUGAAUAUAACUCCGGUUCUUGAAAAGUAUGAUAAUAUUAACGGGUUUUCGAACGCAAUCGCUAAUGACUCAUUCGAUAUCGUAGUACAUGAUCCUCAGAUAUUGUAUCAAUAUGUCAUAUAUAAGUUUGGAGAUCCAAUGGCUUCAUACCAAGAAGGUGGUUUUAUUAUAGUCACACAGAAACAAAGUACAAUAUCGGUAUUAGAGCAAGUGGCCGACAUUUUCUUCACCAAAGACAAUAUAAUACUGUCGACUGUUAUUCUGACUGUUAUAUUUUUCAUGAUUUUUCUGAAUCACCGUUACGACUUUUUCUUAGCUGCUUUAGAUCUCUUGGCACUGAUUCUUAACAUGGGAAUAUCGGCUCCCAUCGAUAGGUUAUCAAUGCGCAUCACUUUUGUGACCGCGGCUAUGUUUGUAUUUUUCUUCAAUCCAGAGUUGCAGGGACAACUUACUUCGGCAUUGUCUAGACCUGCGCGUAAAAAUAUUGACACAUUAGAAGACUUACGUGACGGCAAAUAUAUCACUUAUGUUUACACGAUCAAUAUUUAUAAUAAUUUGAAAGACAGUCAAGUAUGGCCAGAUGGCGAUUUUAAAAAAUAUGUCCAUGCUGUCCCUAGUUAUCGUCGCUGCCUGGAAGAGGUUGUAAAAAAUUCUUCACUUGCUUGCAUUAUCGACCAUAGUGCAUUCAAAGACAUUGAUAGUAAUCUAUAUCUAUCCAAAGAGUUUUCAAAAACUUACAACGUUUUUGCGCUCCGGAAGACGUGGCCGCUAAAGAAUAAGAUCGAUCACAUAGCCCUAAAAAUGUCCGAGGCUGGCUUCACAAAUUACCUGGAAAGACGCAAUUACUUUAGAAAGUUCUUGAUAAAAAAAAAAAUACUUGAUCGAAUCAAGAGACGUGAAGAAAAUGACCAAUUAGAUCUAGAGGAUUUUAAUUUCUUUUUGUUAUGCAAUGCACUUUGUGUUCUUUUGCUGGUUUCGAUUCUUGUGAUUGAACUGAUUAUUAGAAAAAUUCAUGACUAUCAUAAAAGACGUUUGCGCGCAUUAGAGUUAAGGAAAUUGAUGGUCAGUAAAAAAAUUGCGGAGAUCGUUUGGCGGAUUGCGAUUGUGACGGAACAAAUUUAAUUCGUUUUAUUGUCGCGUGCGUUGUAUGACUUUGACAUUUAAAAUAACAAUAAUAAAGUAAAUAUAGAACUAUACUGACAACUACACUGUAAAAAAUUCGCGGAGUG